AUGUCACACCUCAGUCAACAGAGAAAUAAUAGUGGGGGUGGCCCCUUUGCCUGUAAGAUAUGUGGGAAAGUCUUCAACCAAAAAUCAAAUCUCACUGAACAUGAGCAUUUUCAUAAUAGAGAGAAAUGCUUUGAAUGUAAUGAAUGUGGAAAAGCCUUCAGCCAAAAGCAGUAUGUCAUUAAACAUCAAAACACUCAUACUGGGGAGAAGCUUUUUGAAUGUCACCAGUGUGGAAAAUCCUUCAGCCAGAAGGAAAACCUUCUUACACAUCAGAAAAUUCACACCGGAGAGAAACCUUUUCAGUGUAAGAAUUGUGGGAAAGCAUUCAUUCAGAAGUCAAACCUCAUCAGACACCAGAGAACUCACACAGGAGAGAAGCCCUUUGUUUGUAAGGAGUGUGGAAAAGCCUUCAGUGGCAAAUCCAACCUUACUGAGCAUGAGAAGAUUCAUAUUGGAGAGAAACCGUUUAAAUGCAAUAAAUGUGGAACAGCUUUUGGCCAGAAGAAGUACCUCAUAAAACAUCAAAACAUCCACACUGGUGAGAAGCCCUAUGAGUGUAAUGAAUGCGGAAAAGCCUUUUCUCAACAAGCAUCACUUAUUGUACACAUGAGAAUUCAUUCAGGGGAUAAGCCUUAUGAAUGCAAUGUGUGUGGAAAAGCUUUCUCUCAGAGUUCAUCUGUCACCGUUCACGUCAGAAGCCAUACAGGUGAGAAACCUUACGGAUGUAAUGAGUGUGGGAAAGCUUUUCAGUUUUCAACCCUGGCUCUACAUUUAAGAAUACACACAGGUAAGAAACCAUAUCAGUGUAGUGAGUGUGGGAAAGCUUUCAGCCUGAAGUCACACCACAUCCCACACCAGAAAAUUCAUACUCACUAAAUACCCUUUGAGUAUCUUGGAUAUCUUGGAAAAGAAUUUUAUAGUUCAUAGGACAUCAUAAAUAAUUGUUUUGAAGAUAAACAUCACAUGUGAGGAAAACAAGAAUAAGGGACAUGAUGAUUAAUACUGAACAGAAAGACAGUUUUAUGAUGCAAAGCUGGUGCCCAACAAAAGUUAUAAAGCAAAGUUAGUGCUAAAACUGGACAAAUUUCCACUACAUGCAGAAAUGGAAAAAAAAUUGUUGUUAUUUCUGUCUGCUUAGUUCUGAAGAUAUUCACAAUACUAUAAGAAAAUAAGUGAAUAUUGGGACAGAAAACCAUUUUAUGGUAUUGAACCAAUAGAACAGAAGACAUUCUGAAAACAAUGGCAUUUAUUAGAAUUUAGAAUAUAGGAAUGGCUUCAGGACUAUGAGAAGAUAAUGGAACUAUUUUAAAAUGAUUUGGAGGUAAUUUUUUUCUCCAAGGGAAAAAAAUAUAGACUGUGGACAAGAAGUUCUUAAAGUGGUUAAGAUCCAAAGGUAUUAAACCAGAAAUAUGAAAAUGCUACAUAUACUAAAAUGGUGGUGACUUUGGGAGUAGGAGAACAUUCUUAUAACAGAUUCAAAAUACCCAGCAGUUCUGCCCUGUAGUAUGUAAAGCUCAGGAUAAAUAUAUCAGGCUGUUUGCUGUGGCAUGAUUUGUAGUAACCAUAAACUGGAAAUGACAAGCUCUCAUCAGCAACAAAAUUGCAAAACCUAUUAUAUAAUGUAUAUCUGUAAAAUGAACAAAUGUGAUCUACUUGUAUUACAGUUAAAGAUCUCAAAAUGGGAGAGAAUGAAGUUGUAGAAUCACAUUACAUGAUGAUGACAUUUUUGUAAAUUUGAGCUAAAUUUUUCCUCAUGAAAUUUAGAACUAUAUAUUGAUAAUGGAUAUAUAUGUCUGUUAGUGGUUUUUUUUAUGUAUUUGAAAUGAAUUGG